CGUGCGGCGCCGCGAUGGAAGGUACUGAGGCAGCCAGCCUGCUAGGGGAAAGCGGCCUGGGGCGGCUGGCCCAGUUCAAGACUUACCGGCGGCGCUGGUUCUUGCUGGCCUGUGUGUGCCUGCUGAACUGUUCGAACGCCAUGCUGUGGCUGACGUUUGCUCCCGUUGCUGAUAAGACAGCUGCCUACUUCCACAUUUCCCUGGAGAUGGUCAACUGGCUCUCAAUAGUGUACCUCGUCAUCUCGAUCCCAUUUGGUCUGGUAGCGACGUGGGUUCUUGACAGCGUGGGGCUCAGAUGUGCUGUGAUCCUGAGUGCAUGGCUGAACAUGACAGGUAGCAUCAUCCGGAUGUUCAGCGUUCUGAAGUUCCUGAGCUUGGCUUCCCACAACUACUUGUACCUGAUUAUUGGGCAAUGCUUCUGUGCACUGGCACAGCCCCUUAUCAUCUUUUCACCGACAAAACUGGCAGCACUGUGGUUCCCAGACCAUCAGAGAGCAACAGCAAAUAUGAUUGCAUCAAUGUCCAAUCCCUUGGGUAUUCUUAUAGCAAAUGUGCUGUCACCUGCGCUCGUUCCUGAAGGAAAGCACAUCCCGAUGAUGUUGGGUGUCUAUGCCGUCCCAGCAGUAACAGCCUGCGCUCUAGCAACCGUGGGGAUUCAUGAGAAGGUUCCGCCAACACCUCCUUCAGCCAGCGCCACUAAUUCCACCUCCCAGCCCUUCUUCACGGGGCUCAAAAUGCUCCUGAAAAACAAGCCGUACAUCAUCCUGGCGGUGUGCUUUGGCGGAGGAAUUGGGAUGUUCACCUGCUUCUCAGCUCUGCUAGAACAGAUCCUUUGUGAAAAGGGGUAUUCCAAUGAAUUUGCUGGCCUGAAUGGUGCACUGUUCACAGUGUGUGGCUUGUUGGGUGCUUUCCUGCUGGGCCUUUAUGUUGACCGAACAAGGAAGUUCAUAGAGUCUACCAAGAUUUCUUUCUGUCUGAGCGCGCUUGCCAGCAUCAUGUUUGCAGUGACUUCUCGGUUCCGACACCAGGAUGUCAUGCUGGCCAUCACCAGCUCACUCUUUGGUUUCUUUGGUUUUGCCAUCUACCCCAUUGCCAUGGAGCUGGCUGUGGAGUGCUCCUACCCCGUAGGAGAGGGCACAUCUACAGGCCUAAUUUUUGUUGCGAGCCAGAUUGAAGGUGUGAUUUUAAUGAUUCUGCUACAAGCCCUCACCGUGCGUGUUUCUGGAGAUCCAUCCUCCAGCUGUGCCCUUGACCAGGAUGGAGCCCUGGACUGGACAACUGCAGUACUGGUGCUGGCUGGUCUUUGCAGUGCUAUGGCUUGUUUCUACCUCGCCUUCUUCCACACCGACUAUAAGCGGCUCCAUGCUGAAAGAAACAACUGUGAUUUGUCCAAGGAAGAAGAGAGAGCAAAUGUUCCUGAAGCCUAACCAGGCCAAAAAGAGGAUGCCAAGGACCCAGUAAAGGAAGAACUCAAGCCUAUGAGCAAGGACAGUGAUUGCAAAUGCUCAUCUGGCACGUGGGGAUACAACAAGCAAGGGCUAGAGGAGAGCAACUGGAGCACCUUUGCUGUGCCUUCCUCAGUCUUGUAUUUAUUUGUUAGUUCAUGCUGCAAGACAGGCCAUGCUGCUAGAAAAGGCAGAAUGGGACUGGACAGCUAUGCAGGUAACAGGGUUUUUAGCUGACUUGUUUCAAGAUAAAGAAAUAUUGCAGAGGA